CGUUGGAAAAACAGGCGCAGUCCACGGGCAAACUCGACUCUGGCAUGCGUGGACCGUACCGGGUGACAAAGGUGUUACCGCACGGACGCUACGAGCUUCAGCGGCUGGCGGGUUCCUACGGGAAGACAACCCAGGCGGCAGCGGAGUACAUCAUGCCAUGGCGUGGGGAGUGGACUCCUGAAGCGUGUGCUGCUUAUUUCGAAAGUGCAGACCAGAGCGAGGAGGAGCCCACGCCAGCGAGUGUUGACAUGCCACAAGAAGUGGAUGCGCUGCCGCUGAUCCCUGAGACUGUCUCGGCAGAGACACAAUCUGCCGGAAUGGCAAUUGACGAGGUCCAGCCCAGCACGUCGAGAGGCACGCAGAUCCUGUCUCGAACCAAGCCAACAGCCGAGCCUUCUAUGCCGCUGCUAGACACGGACAUGGAUAGCUAAAGAUUAAAUGGGAGUCCGAGGACGGCCUCCUGUCAGGAGAGGCCGUGUAGAAGAUAAGGAGACUAUGACGUAGCACUGGGUAUAAAAGGCAGCGCGAACUGGCGCUCGCCCUUAUUCUGCCGCCGACCGCCGUUGGAGUAAGACCAGCCCGUUAUUAUUUCCGUUUGGUGACUUUUUGUUUUCU